AAACAAUUUAAUUGGUCGAGUAAACACGACUAUCCACUCGAGUUACUCUGAUCCAAUUAGCAUUAUUAUCGGCUGGAUUUCUAUUCUUUCUCUAUCAGAAUCGUCGUCAUGAUUCUUCCCCCUAAAGUAGAGGGUCAAACAGAUGACCUCGUAACCUCCCUACUUAGAGAAAUCUUCCAAACAAUCAUUCUAACUCGAUAAGGCGGUUAAAAAUGCCCGAGUGACCCCGGCCAUGCUCUCCGCUCUGCUUAUUAAGAAGACGACCUUCAUCAGUGCCUCAACUCCAGUCGAACCGCGCGCCUUUAACAUCUUCAGACCCGGAAGAAUCUUUCGACCACGACCCUCCCGGAUUCGACAACAAUGUCCUUCCUCUUCAGGUUCCACGACUUGAUCGGGGGUAUCCACAUCCCCAUCGACGACGGAAUCGACAAGUUAAACCGCAAAUACACUCUCUUGGUAUUCCUCUUCCUGGCUCUGCCCAUCUUUACCAAACAGUACAUAGGAGAUCCCAUCGAAUGUUUCACACCCACUUAUUUCACCGAGCCGCAAGCAAGAUUCGUCAAUAGCUACUGCUGGACCGCUUCGACUUACUACUUGGUAGCGGAGGAAGGCGAUCAGGAGAGUGGAGAUUCUUCUCCUAGUCCGUUGGAUCCCCGACUGAUGCCGGACGAGAUCGACUAUGCCAGCGUGGACGAGACUCAGGUUGGAUCCGACAAGUUGAGAAGGGUGCACGUCAGUUAUUACCAAUGGGCACCGCUCAUCCUGUUGAUGCAAGGAUGCUGUUUUCAUCUACCGUUUGUUCUCUGGGGCGCUUGGGCUCACAACGCGGGUGUGAAACUGCGUCGGUUGUUGAAGAGAGCCUCGGACAUCGCCAGCCUUCCUCCGGGUUGCCAACAGAGAGAAUCUCUCCUGGCCGAGUUCGUCGACCAGUUCCACACCCUGGUGACGGGCAAUGCCAGUUGUUGCGCCGACCCCACUUGUAGAAUUCCGGUGGUGUGUAGGUGCACGGGCGGUCCGAGUCGCUAUCUCUGUCUUCUUUAUCUGAUGGUAAAGACUCUAUACGUCCUCAACGUCUUCUUCCAGUUUCUUCUAUUGACAGCCUUUAUGGGUCGUGGUUUUCUGAGGCACGGGGUGGAGCUGCUGCGCCGUCUGGCCAUUGAUGGCGAUUGGUGGAACUCGCCGCGUUUCCCGCUCCAGACCUUAUGCCAGGUGAGGGCCGCCAUACAAGGUGGGCUCCGCACCUACAUCUGCCGCUGCGUCCUGCCUAUCAAUGUUUUUAACGAGAAGAUCUUUUCGGUAAUCUGGUUUUACAUGGCUUUCCUUCUUCCCGUCAAUUUUAUCAGCCUGUUUCUCUGGGUUUGGCGUUGUUUUCCGUGCAACCGCCUCGCCUUUAUCCGCCUGAUCCUUUGGAGAACCAGGUUGAUUAGUAUGGCCGACAUAUCGAGAAUUUCUCGGAAAAUUUCGGAUAAUUACCUAGGAUGGGAUGGAGUGUUUGUGCUGAGGAUGAUCGAACACAACCACGGGAGUGCCAUGGCCACGAUUAUCAUCGGAAAGCUUUGGGAAUUUUAUGCCAACCAAAUGAAGGCUCAGGACGAAGCCAGCAGCGAUGUAGAGAGGGGGAGCGUCGCCUCGGUGGCACCCUCGACCUCUUGGCACUCGUGUCACGCCAAUACCUGCCAUCUCAGUCACUUCGGACAGCAACAAACCCUUCCGAGCACCAAGAGGGCGCCACCAAACGGCUACUGGGGCGGGAAGUGCUCUUGACCCUACCAUCUUCACCACCAACUGGCGGUGAGGAACUACUCUAGGUCCCCUAGUCCCUAUUCUAGUUCUUCGUCGAAGGAAUUUGGUGAAGUGUAACCAAUAAAAACAAGCCAACUAGGAGACCAAAACACUUCUAAAAUGUGAUAAAAUAAAUAAAUAUUCUCAGUACAAUUUCUGAUGCCCUUUCUGAGGUCGGAGCUUCUCAUCAAAUAUCUGUCCACCAUAACAACACAAAUUAUACAAAAGAUGCCUAUUCGAACUUUUCAAGGAGCACUCGACAAGUGGACUUUGGCUAUAUAUCGUGACUUCCAGUCUCUUGAUCGUUCUUUAUACAUCAAAAAUCGUAGAGUUAGUUAACUUUAUGCAAUGCUAUUUUUCUCUUUAGUGUUUGAAUGGAGGAGGGAGAGCGAGAGAGAGAGAGAGCGAGAAAGAGAGAGAGAGGAGAGAGAGAAAGUAAGAGAUUUGAACAGAUAAAUUGUGCCGGAUGACCUUUUAAAUAUUCUUGUAACCGUAGAAAAAUCUUUUAAGAUCAAUUUCUCAGAUAAUGCUCGAUAGAAAAGUCAGGAAUGCUUCAAGUGUGAUUUGUCUUCCUCGUCUAUAGAUCUUCCUGUUAUAUCUAGCUUAAAAGCGGAGGAAUCUAGGCAGUCCAGCUGUUUACUUUUUAUAUAUAUUCAUAUAUAUAUAUAUAAAUAUAUAUAUAAUUUGGUUUGUCCUCGAACUGUCCCACUUCCCGACUCUUCUUUCUAUGUCCAAUCGUUUGUGGAAGAUGAUACCUAGGGAGCGUAGUCCUGAAACUAACUGCCAUUCCAUUUUUAAAAGUAGAACAAAACAGUUAAUCACGUGGACGAUUUCUCUACCAAAGUGGCUUCGUUUUCGAUUCUCUAUAAAGUUGACUGGAUACGACAGGGUCUGCCCACUAUGCACUCACCACUGACCGCAACACUGGACCAAAGCCGGACUUCUAUGGCUGUAUAUACAAGCCCCCUUUUUCCUGUCUCGAUCACUGCACUUAGCAGAAAAAUAGUUUCUGUAGUUUGUUUUUUGGAAAAUCGCGAUUAAAUAGUAAAUAAAUCACAUUUAUUUACAGAUUAAGGCUUCGUUAUUUU